GAGAGAGGGAGAAAAAAACAGAGGGGGGAGAGAGGGGGAGAAACCCACCACCCUUUGGCCCCUGGAGAGACCAAAGAUGGUCGAAGAGAGAAAACUCUGAGAUCAUCAUCCUCAUCAUCAUCCUCCUGCAAAAACGCAAGGACAGUUCAAAGGAGAAAAUCAGACAUCAUUAUCCUGAUCAAUUUUUUUAAUCUUUUUAUUACCAUAAUCGAAUUUCCUUUUUCUGAUUUCUCAAUCCCCCCACCAACCUUCUCUUCUUCCUCUCCUCCUACUGCUUCGCUUUCCAGAAACAUACGCUUUAUUGUUUUCUCCAGAAUUUCCAUUGCCAUGGUAAGGAAUUUCUUCUUUCUUGGUGUUGAGGGGCAGCCAGAAGAAGAGAAUCGCGGAUUGUUGAUAUUCAGAAAUGAAAAUCUUGAACAGAAGGGUUUUGUGAAAUUAAUUUGCAAAACUCCAAAGAUGAGGGACCCUGAUGCUACGCGCACCUCCUGCCAUGGAUCUGCAGUUUUCUGUAUUACACUUUCUUGUCUCUAGAUACGAAUACGAUGUCUAGUCCACAAUUUUUGUCGUAGAAGGGGAUUGGGUUUUUCUAUCGUCCUUGGAAAAACCUGGAGAUUUUGUAUAGUUUUGUGGUCUGUGCUGUUGGGGAAACAUCGCCGUUUGUUGACCUAAAAUGUGUUGGAGAUGGGGUCCAAUCGGAUUCCAGCUCUCUUGCUUCAUGUACUUGAUCAUUGGCCUUCAAACUUCCUCCUUCUCCCUUGAUUCUGAAGGAUUCGCGUUGUCGAAGUUCCGGGCAAGGAUAGACUCGGAUCCUCAUGGAGCUCUUGCAAACUGGGAUGGUGAUAAGGUGUGUUCGUGGUCGGGUGUAAACUGUGUGGAUGGCAAAGUGCAAAUGCUGAACCUGAGCAGAUGUUCUUUGGAAGGAACGUUAGCUCCCGAGCUUAGCCAGCUUACUGAUCUAAGAUUUCUAAUAUUAUCCAAGAACCAUUUCUUUGGUGGCAUUCCAAAGGAGUUUGGGGCCUUCACAAAGCUAGAAAUAUUGGAUUUGCAGGAUAAUAACUUGAGCGGGCAAAUUCCGGCCGAGCUAAGCAAUGUGCUGUCGCUUAAACACUUAUCGAUUUCCGGCAACAGAUUUGAGGGUGAAGUCCAGUUUAACAGGAGCUUAGAACAUUAUCCUCUUGUGUUUGGUUGUGCAAACAGAAAACUUGGACACUGUGUUACGAGGAGCAGUUUUAUACGACCAAACAAGGCGGGAGAUUUCAUGUCGCAGAUUAAAGCGACUUACCGACGUUAUAUCAAUGCUAUUCCUUUCAAGAUGUUCAACAAGGGAUCUCUUUCCGAUCACGAGCAGAAUUUCGUAUCGAAUCUCCCGAGUUAUUUGGAGGAAGGUGAUGUUUUCAAACAACGUCGGUUACUUGAAGAGACAAGUAAUUUGGCAGCUAUGCCUACUGCACCUGCAGCUGGCCCUUCUCCCGGGAUUUCUCCCGAGGCGUUCUCACGGAGCAGCGGGUCUUUCCCUGCGGUUCCCAAUGCAAAGAAGAGAACUCCUCCUUUGAUCCCUCUCCCGCCUUCUCCUCCUCGGGACAAUAACAUUCCCAACACAAAAGCCGAUCCCUCCUCAAACCCGUCACAAGAUGACAGAAAAUCUGAAAAACAUGUAUGGUUGUAUGUGGUUACAGGUCUUGCUGCUUUUGUAAUUAUAUUGGUUAUAGUAGCAGUUAUAGUUUUCUGUCGGAGAAGAGCUGCAAAGACUAUAGGCCCAUGGAAGACCGGUCUGAGUGGACAGCUGCAGAAAGCAUUUGUUACCGGUGUGCCAAAGCUGAACCGGCAUGAACUAGAGACAGCAUGUGAGGAUUUCAGCAAUAUCAUAGAGGCGUUUGAUGGUUACACUGUCUACAAAGGAACUCUGUCCAGUGGAGUCGAAAUAGCCGUUGUUUCAACCGCCAUUUCCGCCUCCAAAGAAUGGACGAGAGCCAUGGAAAUGGCGUAUCGCAGAAAGAUUGACACUCUCUCACGGAUCAACCACAAGAACUUUGUGAAUCUGAUUGGGUACUGCGAAGAGGAUGAACCCUUCAAUAGAAUGAUGGUCUUCGAAUAUGCUCCAAACGGAAAUCUCUAUGAACAUUUGCACGAUGAGGAGAUGGAACAUCUUGAUUGGAGUGCUCGUAUGAGAAUAAUAAUGGGAAUGGCUUAUUGUCUCCAAUACAUGCAUGAACUAAACCCGCAUGUUGCACACUCGAACCUAAGCUCAUCGGCUAUCUACCUGACCGAUGAUUACGCAGCCAAGGUUGCAGAGGUUCCUUUUAGCUCGGAAACUGGACUGAAGCCGAGAAAGAGUGGUGACUUAGACCAAUCCGUAUUGCCAGUACCUCCUGAACCAGAGAGCAAUGUCUACACCUAUGGAGUGUUGCUGCUCGAGAUCAUCUCUGGGAAGCUCUCGUAUUCAGACGAAGGAGGGUCGAUAGAGCAAUGGGCGUCAAAGUGUUUGGAAAGCGAAAACUUGGGAGAUAUGGUUGAUCCGACGCUGAAGAGCUUCAAAUACGAGGAGCUGGAAAUCAUCUGCAACGUGACCCGACAGUGCCUGAGACCAGAGCCAAGAGACAGACCGACCAUGAAAGAGGUCGCAGAGCAAUUGGAGCAAGUUAUCAACAUCUCUCCCGACCAGGCCACUCCUAGACUCUCUCCUCUCUGGUGGGCCGAGCUCGAGAUCUUGUCCUCCGAGGCCACUUGAUCUCUCUCUUUCUCUCCCCCCACACGUAACACUCCACAAGAAUCAGAGGUUUUCCUUUCAAAAUUAAUUGCAUUCCACCAUGGUGCCUGCCUAGAGUAUGUGUAUCUCUCUUCUUCUCUCCAUUUUUUUUUCUGGUUCUUGGUUCGGUUUUUCUUGUACGAUCUUUUGAUUCUCUUCAACAUUGGAUUUGUAUCUUUGCCUCCGUUUUUUUUUUGUCAAAGCAUUGGAUUUGUAUCUUGUCGUUCGUUUUUUUCAUGUCCUGAUAGUAUUACUGUUCCCUUGGCCA